AUGCUACCAACAUCUUGCUACGCUAGUCCCUCGUCACAGCAAGACACUGAUGAACUGGUGAACUCGUUGAUCGGGUCUCCGGACUAUAUGCGUUGUAAUCCGUUGUUUGCGAAUGCCGUCGGAGCCGUGAAUAUCGAUAGCCUGGCGUGUACGGGAUUUCCUUCUGCUUUCUACUACCAGGGCAUGGAUAAUUUUCUAGGUCUGCAUAACAAUGGACUCUGGACUCUGCCCAUCUCAUUCCUGCACAACACACAUCGGCCCGAGAAACCGCCGUUCUCCUAUAUAGCACUCAUUGCCAUGGCCAUUAGCAGUGCGCCCAAUCAACGUCUAACUCUGAGCGGAAUCUACAAAUUCAUUAUGGAUAAAUUUCCCUACUAUCGGGAAAACAAACAAGGCUGGCAGAACUCCAUUAGACACAAUCUGUCGUUGAACGAUUGCUUUGUGAAGGUGCCACGCGACAAGAAUACUAUUGACGAUAACGAUGGCGCUGGUAAGGGCAGUUACUGGAUGUUGGACGCAUCUGCAAGCGAUAUGUUCGAGCAGGGGAACUACCGACGACGCCGCACCAGACGACAACGACAUUGCUCCAGUGCCGGUCGCUACGAUCGGGAUGAGGGAACUAGCAAUAAUGAUAAUGGCGAGCCGAGAUUGGCAACCGAUUCACUGGCCGAUUUCGAAUUAUUUUGCAAUGACAGCGGAUCUACAUCGAGACCGAAUUAUUCCGAUCGUAUUACAGAACUACAUCGUCAGUAUUUAUCCGUGUCAUUUGGCUUUAACAAUCUGUUCAGCAAUGACACGCGAGAUGGCACAAGAAAUUUAAACAGCAACAGCGUCACUAUCCCUAAGGACCCAUCUAUUGCAAACUCAGCCGACAGUACUUGUCCAAACAUAGCCGAGAACGCCACGGAAAACCCGCUGCACGAAGAACUACAUUCCCCAAGUGCUUUCUCACCGCCGCCAAACCGGAGAAAACGGGAGGCAUACGAUCAACAACCAUCCCCAACCGAUGCCUUUAAGGGAUUACAUGAUCUGUUUAACGACACACCUACGCCACCUAAAGCAAACAAUCGAACGAAGUCAACUUUGUUCACAAUUGAGAAUAUUAUUGGAAAACCAUAA